AUGAGUUUUGGGGCAGAAAACUGCAAAUCAAAGCACCCGGUGUGCGCAGGGGUGUGGGUUAUUGAUGUGUCCGGGGUGACCCUUCCCAUCCGUGUGGGGUUUGUGAGGGCCAGCACCCAGGGCGGGCAGGGAGGAGGCAGGUCUUGCAGGCAGGGGAGGAGCACAGCCUACCUGGGCGCAGGUGCUGCAGCGGGAUCACCGGUGCAGACAGAGGAGGUUGUCAGGAUGGCAAACUUCAAGGGCCACGCGCUUCCAGGCAGUUUCUUCCUGCUCUUUGGGCUCUGGUGGUCGGUGAAAUACCCGCUGCAUUAUCUCAGCCAGAAAGUAACUAAGAAAUCCCACAGGAUUUAUUGCUUCAAGCGUGUGGACGCCAUCGAAGGGGGACUCAAAAUCACCUUUGCUCUCAUAGGGAUGCUGGCAGAGCAGUUCGUCCCGGAUGGUCCUCACUUGUACCUCUACAGUGGGGAGAACCACGACUGGGUGAAGCUGAUGAACUGGCAGCACACUACCAUGUACCUCUUCUAUGGCAUCUCUGGGGUGGUGGACGUCUUCACCUACCUCUCCCCAGUGGUACCACUGGGUCUGGAUCGCCUCAUGCUGUCUGUGGCUGUGUUUGUUGAAGGUUGUCUCUUUUAUUACCACGUCCUUCACCGCCCUAUGCUGGACCAGCACAUCCACUCCCUGCUCCUCAUCGCCAUCUUCGCAGGGGCCUGCAGCACCAUGCUGGAGGUCUUCCUGCGUGACAACAUCGUCCUGGAGAUGUUCAGAGCCGGGGCCACCAUCAUCCAGGGAACGUGGUUCUGGCAGAUCGGUGUCGUGCUGUUCCAGCCAUGGGGAGGCCCAGUGUGGGAUGAGAAGGACCACAGCAACAUCAUGUUCCUCACCAUGUGCUUCUUCUGGCACUGGGCAGCCGCCGUGGCCAUCCUGGCUAUAAACUACGCUCUCGCUUACUGCUGCAUCCAGAGGUGCAGGGCAGGCAGUGGGGAGCCCUACAUCAGCCUCGGGGUCCGGCAGCAGAAGCGUGACCCGAGCUCCCAAGCCACCUUCUUGAGUGCAUCUGAUGAAGAGUGAAGGGGGAGCAGCCGCCUG